UUCUGAAUAGGGAGGGCAGGUUCACUAUCAUCAUUUCAAAUCGAUCGCAGCUGGUAAGGAGUUCGGGAUGUGCAACUAUCGUGUCAAAUAUGACCACCAGUCUGUUUCUCUCCAUCAUGGCACUUCGGGGAACUCUAAAUAAGAGAAUGGAGAAAGAUACCAGUCAUUAAUGGUGUGCGUGAUAAAACUAUGUGUUAAUAAUGCAAUUCGAAUUCAACAUGUAUUGGAUAUAUUCACUCCGCAAAGUGUUCCGGUCUUGGUGGAUAAACUGACUAUUUAUUUUGGUUGCAUUUCGUGUUUGUUUUGUGGGGCUACGCUCUAAUGUCCAAAGGUGUACCCUUAGAACUUACAACCUGCUAAAUAAAGCGCAAGUCGUAGAUGCCAGUGCUGUGGCUAAUACUGCUAUUCUUUCAGCAGCGUUCAGCAGUAAGACUGUGUGAACGACGCUGGCAGCACUUGGUCGUUUUGUUUGAUGGACUAGCAGGCUUUGGAGGUGUAUCGCAGAGGGCUGAAAUUGAAAUCAGUGAAGUGAACAAAAAGUGAUUCACAACAACAGUGUCACUUUUGGAUAGUAAAGUUAUUUUUGCACAAAUGUGGAUUGCUACAGUUUGAGUAAUACAGGUAAGUUGUUCCCUAUCUCAAGGUUUAGGAUGUUUGCAGAAGUGCUGUGACCACCCAGGAUUCAAUUGAACAGGAGUCCUAAGACGUUUUUUUUUAAGAGACUGCUGAAUUCGUAUGAAGACUUUGUUGUGGAAGAUGAUCCAGUCUUUUGUGCUGUUUGAAACAAAGAUCCUCUGAAAAAAUGAAAGAAGCCAUUAGGUUACAUUAUAGCAAGGCUGAACAGAAAAGUAGCCAUGGUGAUUUCUUGUAGCAGAUGGGAUGUCUGGCUUAUGGUGAAGAAUUUACUGAAGUAAACCUGUUCAGUUUAGAUGCUAUUCUGAAACAGACAGAAAGGGUUUGUUCUUCAGGAUGAAGUUUCACACCAGAACAGUACAGCUGUCCUACUGGCUCUUGCUGAUCUACAUGUUAGCGUUGUGCUGUAAGCUGAUGUCCGCUGCAAACCACUUUCCCAGAGGACAGACAGGUUACCACCAGGUCAAACAGGGGACUUGUGAAGUUGUUGCUAUACACCGGUGCUGUAAUAAAAACAAGAUCGAGGAGCGAUCCCAAACGGUCAAGUGCUCCUGCUUUCCAGGGCAGGUUGCAGGUACAACGAGAGCAAGGCCUUCAUGUGUAGAAGCCUCCAUAGUGCUGCAGAAGUGGUGGUGUCAAAUGCAUCCGUGUCAAGACGGUGAAGAGUGUAAAGUGCUACCCGAUCUCACAGGGUGGUCCUGCAGCACUGGCAACAAGGUCAAGACAACGAAGGUGACACGGUAGCAAGAAAAGUCACGGAUCAUUCUUGUGUGAAACCCUGCACACGUUACCUUAGGGGAUAAACAGAACCAGCCUGUUUUGUCUGCAAAAAAAAAAAAUAAUGAUACAACUUUUGUAAAUGGGACGGAAGAAUUACUAUAAAUGAUGGUAA